UAGCCACGCGAUUUAUGCAGAAUCGCUGAGUAACCGGACAACUCUAGCGGUUUGGCCAUGACUGACAGUGACGUCUCUUCAUUUGCCCCUCUGGUGGUUCUGGAACUGGCCGACAACACUAAGGAGGAGGCCAUCACUUGGUUGCUAAGCAGGAUAAGAGACAAACAGCAAAACGGAGGUGCUGAGUUGCUGGUGGAGCAGCUGCUGGUUGGAGUACAGGAUGGAAAGAAGUGUAACCCCAACGUCUUCAUCGUGGGCUCUACGUGGCAAAGGCUUCUAAACGGAGCCGAAGAUGUCGGCCUCUUCAAAGAGUUUAAUGAUGGCUCGAUGCGCGGGUUCACCUACGCCAACAGGGAAAACUUCAAAGACUUCAAAGGUGACGGUGAUGGGUUUCUCAGUAUGGCUGAAUGUCAGUACAUCAUUAAGCACGAGCUGGACACGCUGAGAGCGAAAGACGAGGCCCACGUGCCCGGGUACCCCAACGCGAAACUCUACCCUGGGAAGUCUGUCAUUCGUAGAUUGCAAUCCAAGAGGAUCCUAGAGCAGGUUUUUCCCCUGCACGACAAAGAGGAACUGAAAAAGCUGUCCUUCUCGUGGUACAAAAAAGUCAAGCUGUCAUUUCAACCACUCGAUGAUGUCAGACGCUACUUUGGCGAGGGGCUGGCUCUCUACUUUGGUUUUUUGGAAUACUUCACGUUCGCCUUGGUGCCUAUGGCUGUCAUUGGCCUGCCUUACUACCUGUUUGACUGGGAGGACUAUGACAAGUAUGUGCUGUUUGCCAUCUUUAACCUGAUCUGGUCCACGGUCUUCCUGGAGGUGUGGAAGCGCAGCAGUGCCCAGAUGGCCUACAGCUGGGGCACGCUCAGUCGGAAGAAGGCGUUUGAGGAACCCAGACCGAGUUUCCACGGCGAGCUGGGGUUAAACCCAGUCACGGGCCGCGAGGAACCUAUAUACCCCAAUACGAGACGGCAGCUGAAAAUCUAUCUGGUAUCUCUUCCGUUCGUUCUGCUGUGUCUCUACCUGUCCCUGUAUGUGAUGAUGAUCUACUUUGACAUGGAGUUUUGGGCUAUUGGUGUGUAUGACGAGAGCCCCAACUUCUGGACCAGCAUCCUCCUCUUCAUUCCCAGCAUUAUCUACGCUGUUGUCAUAGAGAUCAUGAACCUUCUGUACCGUUACGCCGCCGAGUUCCUCACGCACUGGGAAAAUCACAGGCUUGAAUCGACCUAUCAGAAUCAUCUGGUGCUUAAAGUGUUGGUGUUCAAUUUCUUCAACUGCUUUGCCUCGUUGUUCUAUAUCGCCUUCAUCAUGCAAGACAUGGCGCUCCUGAGACAGAGUCUCGCCACUUUGCUCAUCACCUCUCAGAUACUGAACCAGGUCAUGGAGGCCUUCCUCCCAUACUGGCUCCAGAGGAGACACAAUAAAAAGGUUCAUAAGAGGAUGAGGAAGAUGAUGGGUGAUAAAGAGCUGCCUCUGCUGGAGCAGGUUCAGCUGGAGACCGACAUGAACACGUACCUCGGUACAUUCGAUGACUACCUGGAGCAGUUCCUGUUGUUUGGCUACGUUAGCCUGUUCUCCUGUGUGUACCCUUUGGCUGCCUUGCUGGUUGUCCUUAACAACAUCACCGAAGUCUACUCUGACGCCUUUAAGAUGUGCCACGUGUUUAAGAGGCCCUUCACUGAACCCGCCUCAGACAUAGGAGUUUGGCAGCUCGCAUUUGAGACAAUGAGUGUUAUCGCCGUGGUGACCAACUGUGCCUUGAUUGGUCUGUCUCCUCAAGUGAAGGCCUACUUCCCCGAGUCGGACACCCAGCUCAUUCUCACCGUGGUGGCGGUGGAGCAUAUUCUCCUGGCCUUCAAAUUCAUCCUGGCGUUCGUGAUCCCAGACGUCCCCAAACACAUCCAAAUCAGACUGGCACGACUGGAGUUUGAGUCCCUGGAGGCCCUCAAGAAACGAAAAAUGCUGGAAGCCGCGGAGAUCUCAAAGACAGAUAAAUGAAGAGGAUCCACUUGGUCAGCAGCUCCAGCACUGAUAGGACAGGCGCUCCUCUCCACGUCUUAGGAAACCAUGGUUGAAGAUGUUUACAUACACGAUAGAAUCUGGGUUCAAGUAUACAGUCUACCUGAUCAGGCGCCUCUGCAAACGCUAAACAAAAAUCUGCUUGCUCACCAUUCACAAAGACCUUGUAAGCAACAUCUGAACAGGUUAGAUUAUUGGGUUGUUUUGUUUUUUCCCCCCCUUGGUUGUUUGCUAGAUGUUUUAUGUUGUCCCUGCGGGGAAAUUGGUUUGUGUGAGUUUUCGUAGUUUGAAAGCUUGCAAAACCAAUCAAAAUGUGUCAUUGACCUUCACCUGAGCAUGCUCUGAAGCUGUAAUGUAACUGACAAAAACAUUAGGACAAGUGAAGGGCUGUUGUAAAUACAGGAGCUAUGUGGAGACCUUGUAUUUUAGUGUUGCGUGAGAGCUGGACAGAGUGUGUAUCUCUAAUGAGCACUCAUUUGGCUCCGCGUCCAGAGUCUGUUUAAUUUGCUCAGUGCUGUUGCGGCGAUGGAGCAGGGUCAUUAGCUGAUAUGGUUGUUUCAUGAGAACAUUAUGAGAUAGAAAAUAUGGAGCGGCU